GGAGCGAGAGGCGGCCGAGGGGCUGGUCCAGGCGCGGCCGCUAAGAGGAGACCAAGAGGCGGGGGCUGCACUUGACAACCAGCAUGCCGAGAUGAUCAACAAAAGGAAUUCUUGGGUCCUAGAGACCAAAGAAAGAAUCAGCAGGAAUGCCCAGGGUGAAUUGAUGGAUUGCAGAGCCUGGCUGUCAGAAGAGGCAGAAGUGGAUGUGAGAGAAAGAGAGACACAGAGAGACAGAGAGCCAAAGAGGGCAAGAGACUUGACUUUAAGCGACUCCUGUACUGACAACUCCAUGCAGUUCGGAACCAGAACGACUGCGGCUGAACCAGGGUUCAUGGGGACAUGGCAAAACGCUGAUACUAACCUUUUAUUCAGAAUGUCCCAACAGGCCAUCCGUUGCACACUGGUAAACUGCACGUGUGAAUGUUUUCAGCCGGGGAAGAUUAACCUGAGGACUUGCGAUCAAUGUAAACAUGGCUGGGUGGCACAUGCCUUGGAUAAGCUCAGCACGCAGCACCUGUACCACCCCACGCAAGUGGAGAUCGUGCAGUCCAACGUGGUGUUUGACAUCAGCAGCCUGAUGCUCUACGGGACGCAAGCAGUGCCCGUGCGGCUAAAGAUCCUGCUGGACCGUCUCUUCAGUGUCCUGAAGCAAGAGGAGGUGCUGCACAUCCUGCACGGCCUGGGCUGGACUCUGCGGGACUACGUUCGGGGGUACAUCCUUCAGGAUGCUGCCGGCAAGGUGCUGGACCGCUGGGCCAUCAUGUCUCGAGAAGAGGAAAUCAUCACCCUUCAGCAGUUUCUGCGGUUUGGAGAAACCAAAUCCAUUGUCGAGCUGAUGGCAAUUCAGGAGAAAGAAGGGCAGGCCGUGGCUGUACCAUCUUCAAAGACAGACUCAGACAUCAGGACUUUCAUUGAGAGCAAUAAUCGCACCAGAAGUCCCAGCCUCCUUGCUCACCUAGAGAACAGCAACCCUUCCAGCAUUCAUCACUUUGAAAACAUCCCCAACAGCCUUGCGUUUCUGCUUCCAUUCCAGUACAUAAACCCCGUCUCAGCCCCACUGCUAGGAUUGCCUCCAAACGGGCUCUUGUUAGAGCAACCAGGACUGAGGCUGCGGGAACCGAGCCUUUCCACCCAGAAUGAAUAUAACGAAAGUAGCGAGUCUGAGGUAUCACCCACACCUUACAAGAACGAUCAGACGCCCAACAGAAACGCCCUGACCAGCAUUACCAAUGUGGAGCCCAAAACCGAGCCAGCCUGCGUGUCCCCGAUUCUGAAUUCUGCCCCGGUCAGUGAUCUGACCAAAACUGAACACCCAAAAAGCUCCUUCCGGAUUCACCGGAUGAGAAGGAUGGGGUCAGCCUCUAGGAAAGGAAGAGUGUUCUGUAACGCAUGUGGGAAGACAUUCUAUGAUAAAGGUACUCUCAAAAUCCAUUACAAUGCUGUGCACCUGAAGAUCAAGCAUCGGUGUACCAUCGAAGGUUGCAACAUGGUCUUUAGCUCCCUCCGAAGCCGUAAUCGCCACAGUGCAAACCCUAACCCUCGCCUUCACAUGCCUAUGCUAAGGAAUAACCGAGACAAGGAUUUAAUUCGGGCCACGUCAGGAGCUGCCACCCCUGUCAUAGCAAGUACAAAAUCAAAUCUCACCCUCACCAGCCCUGGCCGGCCCCCAAUGGGUUUUACCACUCCCCCACUAGACCCCGUCUUACAGACCCCUCUCCCUAGCCAGCUGGUGUUUUCUGGGCUAAAGACUGUCCAGCCAGUUCCUCCGUUUUAUAGAAGUUUACUCGCUCCAGGGGAAAUGGUGAGCCCUCCCACCUCCCUCCCGACCAGCCCCAUCAUCCCCACCAGUGGUACCAUGGAGCAGCACCCCGCACCACCCUCUGAGCCAGCAGUGCCAGUAGUCAUGAUGGCCACUCAUGAGCCCAGCGCCGACCUGGCCCCUAAGAAGAAGCCCAGGAAGUCCAGCAUGCCUGUGAAGAUCGAGAAGGAAAUUAUUGACACCGCUGAUGAGUUUGACGAUGAAGACGAUGACCCCCAUGACACGGGUGCUGGGGUCAAUGACGUGAGCCAUGACAAUCAUUGCCACUCCCAAGAGGAGAUGAGUCCAGGCAUGUCGGUGAAGGACUUUUCUAAGCAUAGCAGGUCCCGGUGCAUUUCAAGGACUGAAAUCAGAAGAGCCGACAGCAUGACUUCUGAGGACCAAGAACCGGAGCGGGACUAUGAGAACGAGUCUGAGUGUUCAGAGCCCAAACUAGGGGAGGAAUCCAUGGAAGGGGAUGAGCACCUCCAUGGCGAAGUGAGUGAGAAAGUCCUGAUGAACAGUGAGAGGCCCGACGAGAACCACAGCGAGCCCUCUCACCAGGACGUCAUCAAGGUGAAGGAAGAAUUUACAGAUCCCACUUACGACAUGUUUUACAUGAGCCAGUACGGACUGUACAACGGUGGGGGAGCCAGCAUGGCAGCCCUGCACGAAAGCUUUGCAUCAUCUCUGAAUUACGGCAGCCCUCAAAAGUUCUCCCCAGAAGGGGACCUGUGUUCUAGCCCAGACCCCAAAAUCUGUUACGUGUGCAAGAAGAGUUUCAAAAGCUCCUACAGCGUGAAGCUUCACUACAGGAACGUUCACUUAAAAGAGAUGCACGUGUGCACGGUGGCUGGCUGCAAUGCUGCCUUCCCCUCUCGCCGAAGCAGAGACAGAAACAGAAAUUUACGGAUGGAAAGAACCAUAGGUCCAGGACAUCGAGACAGCCUGCAUCUCCGUAGACACAGUGCCAACAUAAAUCUGCAUCGUAAACUGUUGACCAAAGAACUCGAUGAUAUGGGCCUGGACUCAUCGCAGCCCUCCCUUAGCAAGGACCUCCGGGAUGAAUUUUUGAUGAAGAUCUAUGGAGCCCAGCACCCCAUGGGGCUCGAUGUCAGGGAAGAUGCCGCCUCUCCCGCGGGGACUGAAGACUCCCACCUGAAUGGGUAUGGGAGAGGCAUGGCGGAGGACUACAUGGUCCUCGACCUGAGCACCACCUCCAGCCUCCAGUCUAGCAGCAGCAUCCAUUCCUCCAGAGAAUCCGACGCGGGCAGUGACGAGGGGAUUCUUCUCGACGACCUUGACGGGGCGAGUGACAGCGGGGAGUCGGCACACAAGGCCGAGGCCCCGGCCCUCCCCGGCAGCCUAGGGGCUGAAGUGUCAGGAUCCCUGAUGUUCAGCAGCUUGUCCGGGAGCAAUGGUGGGAUUAUGUGCAACAUUUGCCACAAAAUGUACAGCAACAAGGGGACCCUGCGAGUGCACUACAAAACGGUGCAUUUGCGAGAAAUGCACAAGUGCAAAGUCCCCGGUUGCAACAUGAUGUUUUCCUCUGUGCGAAGCCGAAAUCGGCACAGUCAGAACCCUAAUCUCCAUAAAAACAUUCCCUUUACUUCCGUAGAUUAGUCUCAGAACGGACACUACAGAUGCCAGCUCUCACCAGACGGCCUACAUUUGAACUGCCAUAGUCAGUGUAUGCUUGUGUACUUGGGUGUGUGUGUGUGUGUGUGUGCACGUAUGUGUAUGUGGAUGGGUGUGUGUGUAUAC